AUGGAGGCUGUGUGUUCCUCUCAGCUGCAGGAUUUACCCACAGACCCUCUUCUUCACAUACUGUCCUAUCUACACUGCAGGGAUCUGGUCAGUUGCAGUUACGUGUGCAGACGUCUGAAUGAACUCUCCAAACACAACCCACUGUGGAAGAGGCUUUGUAAUCAGCACUGGCUGCUGACAGAGCCAGACAGCGCCCUCUCUUGGUACGAGCUGUUUGUACAAACAUACUCAGACCUGGGAAGAUAUGUGGACGUUUACUCUACACUAAAGAAGAACUGGGACCAACUCAAACAGUUCCUGCACCAGCGGUGUCCACGGAUCAUCUCCUCCCUGAAAGGUGGAGCCUUAGAGGAGGAUUUGGAUGCAGUCGAGACGCAGAUCGGACUCAAACUUCCAGAUGACUAUCGCUGCAGCUGCAGAAUCCACAAUGGACAAAAGCUGGUCAUUCCAGGGUUGAUGGGCAGCAUGUCUCUGUCGAACCAUUACCGGUCUGAGGUCCUGUUAGACGUGGAGACGGCGGCCGGAGGGUUCCAGACUCGCCCAGGGAUGAAGACCUGCCUCCCCCUCACUUUCUGCUUCCACACAGGACUGAGCCAAUACAUGCACCUGGGGGAAGAGGGGGAGGAGGGGAGGGAGAGAGGGGAGCUGUUUUACCCCUGUCCGAACCAGCGAGCCUCAGACCCUUCAGCCAUUGACAUGUUCAUCACAGGCUCCAGUUUCUUGUCUUGGUUCACCUCAUACGUCCAGAACGUUGUGAGCGGAGACUUUCCCAUCAUCAGAGACCAGAUCUUCAGAUACGUCCAUGACAAAUCGUGUGUGGCGACAACUGAUGACAUCACAGUUUCUGUUUCCACGUCGUUCCUCCCAGAGCUGUCGUCUGUCCAUCCACCGCACUACUUCUUCACCUACAGAAUCAGCAUCUCCAUGUCCUCCUCUGCUCCCUCGGAUUUCUCCUGUCAGCUCGACUCUAGGUUUUGGAAAAUCACCACUUCAGAUGGAAAAGUGGAGGAGGUGCAGGGCCCUGGAGUCGUGGGAGAGUUCCCGGUGAUGACUCCAGGGAAAGUUCAUGAAUACGCCUCCUGCACCACCUUCUCCACCUCCUCUGAAGAAAUGGAGGGACACUACACCUUCCACCGGCUGAAGAACAAAGAGGACGUGUUCCAAGUCUCCAUCCCUCGUUUCCACAUGGAGUGUCCUCCGUUCAGAAGAUCCACCAGCCAGGUAUGA